UUGCAGCAUGGAACGUUAACCUUCUCCACUCUCACCUUAAUGGCUUCUUCGUCAUCAAUACGUCUGUAUUUUCGUGUUGACGAGUUAAAGAUUCAUGGCUGCCUGUGUGCUGUGUUGCUUGAGGCCGAGGCUACGCUACCUUUCAGGUUUGAGAAAGGGUUUUGCUCAUCAUGUUAUUGGCAAAAUUGACAUUGAGCUGGAUGAGCAGGACAGAAGAGCGGAUGCGCCGGAACAUCUGGAUACCUCUCUCCAUGAAGGCUACAGGCUCCAUUACAGCCCAUCGUCAUAUCAUCACCCUGUGGGAAAAUCUUUCCUCUCCCACAGUCAAAAUGAUGUCGAUGACGAAGAACUGUGUGUAACUCCUCUCGCUCCUUCCUUCUGGCAGCAGAGCAAUCGGUACAGCGUGAGCUCCUCACGUCAUCUUUCCAGCUCCAAAAACACUUUGCUCGACUUAGCCUUCAACAGAGGCCCUGAACCCAAAACACAGGUGCCUGUGCACCAAAGACUACCCGUGUCACCUGAUGUAAAAGUUGAUACUCGUGCCUUUCUCAAGUGCCGGCAUGAUUAUUCAUCUGUAUCCUUUGAUCUCACCCAACGACCUCCCCCCAUUAAAUGGGAACGGGUGGUGCAGUUACUCCAGAAAGUGGCUGUCCUUAAAGGCACCAUGAAACCAUCUGACAUUUGUUGUUUCUUUGCGGAGCUCAGCCAUAUUGACUCUGACAAGGUGUCAUUAGUGAAGACCGACCAACGCUUCAUCAUGCUACUUCGGUACUCUGUGGAGAACCUUGGGCUCUUUUCUCUAUGUGAGCUCCUGGAUGUGCUAAGGUCAUUUGUUUGGCUGGAAAUGCCAAAAAGCCACACGGUCCUUGGCCUGUACGAAGCCGAGCUGAGUCGCCGGGCCGGUGAGAUGACUUUAGAUCAGUUGCUGUUUGUGGCCGACUUAUGGCGCUGCAUUGGGAGGAAGGUGCCUCAGUUCCUAAAGCGUCUUUAUAACUUAGUCAAUUUGUAUCUGGGACAAGUAAGGCUUCCAGAGCUGGUCCAACUGCUGUACAUCAUGGGAGAAGGAAGGCGGUGCCCCAAAGUCCUGAUCCAGCCCAUAGAGCAGCUACUCAUGCGACACUUAGAACAGUUACACCCAGAAGAGAUUGGCGCUGUCUGCUUGGGGCUCUUCAAAUCUCAAACGUCCCUUUCAGAGGCCGCAGUGAAUCGCUUUGUCGAUAAGGCACACUCUGUUGUUGGGGACAUGAGGGACUUUGCCAUGGUAAAUGUACUCAAAUACCUGCGUUUCAGCUACUUGUCUCACAGGGUGUGGAUGGAGGCCAUGACGCACGAGGUGCCACAGCGAGCUCACCGUAUGGGUGUUAAGGGGCUGAUGCAUGUGGCGCUGGCUUGCUCGGCUUUGCAUUACCGGAAUGACCGCAUCCUCAUCGCGAUCGCUGAGAAAAUUCCAUCACUGGUGCCACACUGCCGUAGUAAAGACUCCUGCAAGCUGUUGUGGGCCUUUGGCACCUUAGGGUUCCUCCCUUCUCAGAGCCCAAGCUUCUACCAGAGUCUUACCGAGGCUCUGAGACAGAGGAAGGCUGAAUUCCUACGAUACCCAGAACAUCUGCUCACUGGUCUUCUCGGCCUGGCCUUUGUCUCGCAGUUCCCAGAGGACCUGAUUGGGUUAGCCUUGAGCCCGGACUUUGUCAGCUUAGCGCUCAAGUCAACACAGUUGGAGCUGAAGAAAGACUUGUUCACCUUGGAUGGAGCCGUUGCUCUGGAGUUGCCGCAGUGGACUGGUCCUCGACUGAGCUGCGAACUGAGAGAAGAGGUGAAAGAAAUGUUGUGGAAGUUUCUCCAAUCGGACGUGUGCCAGAAGCUUGAGGUGAAGGAGGCAGAGGCUGCACUGCAAGAAUUGCUGGGAGGAGAAGAAUUUGUCUGUAAACGAAUGAUCCUGCCCCACAUGCGAUCCAUCGACCUUGAAGUGCACCUAGACUAUACCGGUCAGCCUGUACCUGUCAACCCAGAAUUUCAAACAGCGGUUCAGAACAGUUCCUCCAAAAGUGCUUCAAAGCAGCCUUGGGGGAGAAUGAACAUAGGAGUGGGUGUGACUGAUGAUCUCAUAGCACAGCUUACAAAUGCCAAGAACCAUGCCGCUCCAAUGAGCCCACCUCCUGAAGUUCAAACUCCUUCUGUAGUGGAGCCUGAUGAAGGAGAAAUAUUGUUUAAUACCGGGCUAAACCUGACGAGUGCCAUCACCGAAAUGGUCACGUCUCCCAGCAGCCGCAGAUCGGCCCCUCGAGACGCCGAUGCCAUUGUUAAGCUCGCCAUCCAAGUGUCCAGCAGGAACCACUACUGCCACCAGUCACAGCAGCUCCUGGGCCUUCAUGCCAUGAAGAGGAGGCAACUGAGGUUGGCGGGUUACAAGGUUGUAGAGCUUUGCUAUCAUGAGUGGAUUUCCAUGUUGAGGAAAAGCAGGGCUGAGAAGAUGGCUUACCUUCACUGCAAGCUGUACAACAGCCUGGAAGGUUGACUUCACACAGCUGCUGGACUCGAAAUGGAUGCUUUACAAACUUGUAAAGUGUGUUUUCUAAUGAGUAUGUGCUAAGCACAGCAAAAAGAUGCAUUCAAUUUUUUUUUUUUUUUUUUUUUGGGUAAAUCCAUCC